AACUGACAACAACAGCCUUCAUGGAACAAACAGAGUGCGCAGCAAAAAUAUGACGAAACUUUUGUUUUCCUAGUAUUUUGAAGCGAAUUUCACAGCAAAAAUGAACAACAACGAAGAUACACUGUCUGUUGUUUCCUCAAGCUAUCCAAGAUCAUUAAAAUCUGGGCUCAAUGGUUCGCCUACGAUGGCUAGUGGUCGCUACCCAACAAGCGACGCUGCAAGCUUUUCCACAAGUAUGGGCCGUUUCGAUACUUGUAUUUUAGGAAGACAAAUUGUUGAGCCUCAGAAACGACAUACGGUAUGAAAUGCUGUUUAAUUUAACUUCAUAACAUUCGUUUAUACGGUCUUAAACUUCCGUGAAACGUCCGUAUAUAUUUGCGUUUGGCACAUGAGGUUUAUAUGCUUGCUACAAAUAUGACAUCUUUGAUUUUUAGCUUUACAAAAUAGAGGUUGAUGGUGGCUUUAAGAAAUGGGUGAUUUAUCGACGAUAUAGGGAUUUUAUUUUGCUAAAUAAGAAGGUAUGUGAUUAUAUAAAUUAUGAAUAUAUAUUCAAUUUGGGUACUGGUCAAAUAUUGAUAAGACCAUCGCGUGACCAUCAAUUAAAUAUUGAUAAAUACCAUCACGAUUGUAUAUAUAGAUAGAUACCUGUAAAAUUAGGUAGUUACUUGAUUAUGCCCAAUUGGCGACUUGUGCUAGUUUACAAUUGAGCAAAAGUAUACCAUAUGAAUCGUAUCGAGUACAUAAUAUUUACGCUGUGGUUAUUUGUCUGACACUGCAUUAGAUAUUACCAUAUGUCGAACAGAAAUUUCCUCGUUCUGUCAAAUGCGAAAGUGAUACCUGGUAAAUUUCAUUAGAUUUCAAGCAGAUCCUUGGUCGUCUGUGGUUAGACCAGGAGUAGAGUUUCAAAGUGUAUUAUAGGUGGCCUGAGCAAUUUAAAGAAUCAUUGACCUUAUAGUUUAAUCUGCUAUGAGAUCUGCGGGGUGGGAUUAAUUGAGGGCAAGGUUCAGAGGUAAAUUUAAUCAUUAGGCCUUUAUUUUUCUUCCAGCUAGCAGGCAAAGAAAAAUGAAGGCCUGAUACAAAUGUUAUUGGGUCAUUCCAGAAAAGACCACCCUGCCCAAAGUAGGGAUGAGCCGAUAAGGAAAAUUGCCGAUUACUGAGGCCGAUUAUUUAUAAGCCGAUUAUUGUAACUAAUCGGCCGAUUAAUCGGUACCCACCGAUUAUUUUAAAAAGCAAGCGAAAAAUCACAGGAUGACCAACAAUGAAGUUGUAAAUGCGGUUUUAUUGUUUACAAUACACACUUUGUACAAUUAAAAACAACUUCAGUCUCGCAUGUCAAUAGUCAAAGUUUAGUUUUGGCAGAUUACAGUAUGGUGUAAAAACAAGACACUAUGCGGAGCUAGUCUGCUGCGCUUUUUUAGUGGAAAUGUUCCCAGCUUCACUUCGCUUGAGACGAAAGAAGGCACAGGUUUUGCAACAAAAUGUGAAAAUCUAUUCGCUUGUAUUCAGUAUUUUAGCAUGUGAUCGGCAGCUGCAGAGAAGGUCUUAUGGCCGAUUAUUUUCCGAUUAUCAGGCAAUAAUCGGUCGAUUACCGAUUAUUUAAAAAACGGCCGAUUAAUCGGCUUUGCCGAUUAUUUACCGAUUAAUCGGCUCAUCCCUAGCCCAAAGAGGAAAUUUCUGCCAUCUAGAGGGGGAGGGAGAAAAUUUUGUUUAUUAUAAUAAUAAGUGUAUUACAGUAGGACAUGCAAAGGGGGUAGGGGAUUUAACUUCCAAUUUUUUCUGUGUGGGAGGUAUGGACGUUUCCUGGAAUGAUCCAUUUGUGUCAAACGACUACAGUACCUGUAUGGACUAUGCUUUGAUUGGCUAUUAAUAGCAUGAGUAUAGUUUUAAGGUGCCCACACAGCUAAGCUAUAUAGUCAACUGCUCAUGCCAUGCUUUAAUAGUCGGUAGCAUGUAUUAGUUUGUUCAAUUUCGUUUCAACUAACUAGUGCAUGUUAUUAUCAUAGCUUGGCCAGUUGCUGACUGGCCAGUAGCUAAAUACUUAGUUGUAUAAUGAAGUUGUUAGUUGUUUGCUAUUUGAUAUCAAUGUAUAUUGUUCUUGGGUUUGCAUGUGUAAUUGGCCAAUCACGUUGCGAAUACCCUGCCUAUAUAGUCUAUUCAGUUUGUUAAAUGUAUAAUUAUUACUUUGUAGUACAGUAACUGUUAAGACUAUCUGGCAAAGUUAAUAAAUUUAAAAAAAAAAUAGUAUUGAGCCAAUUACUUAAGCCUAGUCCUUGCUACAAUGUAAGCAUAAUAAGCAUAAACACAAGCAUAAGAGAGAUCAGACAUACCUGUAUUGAUUUCUUAUGUAAUCUUUCUAUGAUGCAACAUAAAGCAUAAGAACAUAAAAGAUUGCAUUCUUUUCCUCUUGCGUUGUAGUGGGGAUGACACAAGCUUGCUGAACACCAAAGUGUUCUGCUUGCACAAACAACGACAUUUUUUGAUAAUUUUAUUUCAGAAUAUUAAUUUCUUUCUCUAAAGUUUGUCUGUCCCAUAAUCAAUGGAGAUGUUUUUGUUUGAUUUGAUUAGCAAUGUUAAACAUUGGCAAUCUGUUACGAAGCUCAGAAUUUCAGCCCAUAGAUUUAAUACCUUGUUGAAUCUGGUUGAUAUAGCAACGUUCCAGUAUCAAGGUUUUUUCAGGGAUUUUUCAGAGCCGUAACACGGCCCCAAAAACUCAAUCUUGAAUUGAGUUUUGAAACUCAAUCUUCUCACCAAAGUUUUAGUGCAGUAAAAAUGAAGUUGUUUGAGUUAAAUUCAUGACGACUGUGGAAAUUAGUUUUCAAUUGGAAACCCGACAAUUAAGAAAAAAAUGGCUGUGUAGUUCCAUAGUGUCUGUUAGUGCCCCCUGCUUUAACACAUUGCGUCUCAACUACAUUUAAUGAGGUUACAUAGUAACCAAGGUUAAUAUCAUAGGAACCGCGCACAGUCUGGGUACGACAAUUGUGCCCUCAGGAUAUCGGAUAUAGAGAGUGCCAAGUGAUUCAGACCUGAGUCCAAGUAACUCAAAUCCGUAGAUCAGGGGCGUAGGAAGCAAGGGGGCACGGGGGGCAUGUGCCCCCCCAAAUUUUUUUAAAGGACUAAAAGUGCCCUUUUUUGUGAUAAAAAGUGCCCUUUUUGUGUUGAAAAGUGCCCUUUUUUGUGAGGAAAAGUGCCCCUUUUGUAGAAGCUAAUGUCGCUGUAAAUACUAAAUUAAAACAAUAGGUGCCAUUUUUGUGUGGAAAUUUACAAAUUUUUUUUAAAAAUUAGGUCACAAACAUAAAUUUCGGUAUGAUAUGACGGAAAAUUUUCCUCAGGAGAAAUUUCUGCCCCCCCCCCGUCGGCAACAUUUCCGGGAAAAAUUUUUUAGGUGCCCUUUCCGAUAGUAAUGUGCCCCUACAAGCCGGUGCCCCCCCAAACUCCAGGUGCUUCCUACGCCCCUGAGUUCAGUAAAGAAACAUUAAGCAGCACAAAACUCACAAAACCAGGGGUGUUUGAAAAAUCUCAAAAUUGCAAAACUAUUGACAGGUGGUCAUUAUUUAAUUAAUGUUCUUUUUGAGGUGACAGGAAGGGGAAAGACAGGAGAGAGAAAGAUUACGGCAAGAAUGGGUUGAAAUGCAGGAGAAAAUAAAGAGUAAGCAAAAUAUAUUGCAAUAUAUAUCUACAGUACUGUAUGUACUAUGUACCAAUGCCUUUUUGGUAAUCGAAUGCUUUUUUAUUAACCAAUUAAUGCCUUAUUGAUUACUUCAUGUCUUCACCACACUUGACUUUGAAGCCGGGAGACCUGGGUUCAGUCCUUGGUCAGACCUCUACUCAAGGUCUUAAAAUAAUUGGGGAAAAAGAGCUACCUUUACAUUGACAUCAGUAAAUGGUUAGGCUUUCGCGUCUUCUCGGAUAAGGACGUUAAAUCGUAGAUACCUCGGAUCCCUUAUCACUUGGGCAAUAGCUUGUUGGGAAAUCCGCUCACCAAUUUGUGAGAUACCGUACUCAAUAAACAAUUUCACUUGCUUUCUGUGUCAACAGAGGAAGACAUUGAAAUCACGUACAGCUAUUGGGAUGGUUCUGGACAUCGUCGCAAACUCAUAGUAAGUGUUGAUGAGAGAGGUCUGUGAGCUGGGCAGCUAAAGUUAGCAGCGAAUGGCACUCAGCUGAUGAAAUAUUUUGUAAUUUUUCUUUAGAUGAAGAAAGGCAACUCUAUCCAACAAUUCUUACAAAAGUGUUUAGAACAGUUGAGAAAAGACUUUACUGAACUUAAGUAAGAAUAAUUUCCAAUCCAUGUCCAGCUAUUGACUACAUUUUGAUCAAGGCAAGAAGAACGAAAUCCAACACCACAGCUAGAAAGAGCAUCUUAGAAUGAGUAAAACUGCAAAGUUUGGUUGCUAAAUGUUGUAAAAUGAAGAAAAUAUAUAGCCCUGUGAAGUUCGCAAAUUGUGUAUAUAUUCGUAUUACGCGCGGUAAAAAUAACCACUUUCGGCUCAAAAAUGAUCAUUUUCCCGCGCGUAAUGCAAAUAUGUACAAAAUUUGCGAACUUCACAGGGCUAUAUUUUCCUCAUUUUACAACAAUUCGCAACCAAACUUUGCAAUUUUACUCAUUUUAAGAUGCUCUUUCCAGCUAUGGUAAUGGAUUGUGUUCUUCUUGUCUAGAUCAAAAUUUAGUCUAUACUGGAAUCAUCCAUAUUAUAUAAAAGCUAACAGAACUUCCUUCCCACAGCCAUGCAACCUAAUUUCCGUUUUUAAUUUAUCUUUUCAGGCCAGUAACAACAGAACAAGUAAUGUAUGUUAAAGAGGACCUGAUUAUUCCACAGGUAUGCUUGGAGUAAAAUCUUACACAAUUGUCAAAUUUAAAAGCACGAACGGUGCGAGAUGUCCGACCCCUUUCUUAAGAAAUAAGUGGUUAUACUAUUGACCUCCCAGCAACCUCUUGAAGAUUUGGAGCAGGUUUCAAGUAUUUCAACAAUUAACCACACAAUUUGGUCGUUCUUUACUUAAUUAGCUCUGGUAUCCUUGUUUGUACCAUUAUUCUAGCAUUACACAUUCUACGAUUUUAUCGUCAACAAAGCUCGAGGCAAGAGCGGACCACUGUUUAAUUUUGAUGUUCACGAAGACAUCAGACUAACUAAUGAUGCGACUAUUGAGAAAGACGAGGUAAGAUUUCCUGGGGUCGGUUGUAUCAUUUCUGGAUAGCGCUAGAUCCAUCCGGUAACCGGCUUUAUAUUCUGUUUUAGUCUCACGCAGGGAAAGUCUGCUUAAGAACCUGGUAUGAGAGAAACAAACACAUUUUCCCCGCAAGCAGAUGGGAGCCUUACGAUCCCGAGAAGAAGUGGAGCAAAUAUACGGUACAGCGAGAUUGAAUUGAAGAUUUAAGAUUUCUAUAUAGCUUUCUAUAAUUUACAUGUGAAUAUUAUUAAAUUGCGCUUUACAUAUGGCCCAUGCAAAUUCUCGCUUCUCAAUCCUCAUCAAUUAACUCUCAUGCAACUCUUGUUCUCGUUUGACCAGGCCAUGAGAGUUGAGAAAACUCUCAUGCAAACUCUCGCUUCUCAACUCUCAUCAACUCUCGUGCAACUCUUGUUCUCGUUUGACCAGGCCAUGAGAGUUGAGAAAACUCUCAUGCAAGCUCUCGCUUCUCAACUCUCAUCAACUCUCGUGCAACUCUUGUUCUCGUUUGACCAGGCCAUGAGAGUUGAGAAAACUCUCAUGCAAACUCUCGCUUCUCAACUCUCAUCAACUCUCGUGCAACUCUUGUUCUCGUUUGACCAGGCCAUGAGAGUUGAGAAAACUCUCAUGCAAACUCUCGCUUCUCAACUCUCAUCAACUCUCGUGCAACUCUUGUUCUCGUUUGACCGAGGCACGAGAGUCUCAUGCAAACUCUCGCUUCUUAACUCUCAUCAACUCUCAUGCAACUCUUGUUCUCGUUUGACCAGGCCAUGAGAGUUGAGAAAAUUCUCAUGCAAACUCUCGCUUCUCAACUCUCAUCAACUCUCAUGCAACUCUUGUUCUCGUUUGACCGAGGCACGAGAGUUGAGAAAACUCUCAUGCAAACUCUCGCUUCUCAACUCUCAUCAACUCUCAUGCAACUCUUGUUCUCGUUUGACCAGGCCAUGAGAGUUGAGAAAACUCUCAUGCAAACUCUCGCUUCUCAACUCUCAUCAACUCUCAUGCAAUUCUUGUUCUCGUUUGACCGGGGCAUGAGAGUUGAGAAAACUCUCAUGCAAACUCUCGCUUCUCAACUCUCAUCAACUCUCAUGCAACUCUUGUUCUCGUUUGACCGGGGCACGAGAGCAAAUGCAAAUUAUGCAAACUCUAGUUUAAGUUCUCGAAUGAAUUUAACCACAAACAAUAAUGCCUAAUGUUAAUUUCAUGCAAUGUUUCUAGAUUUCCGAAAAGAAAUAGGAACGAAAUGCAUGUCUGGAUGGGCUUUCUCGGCAAAAGAGAAGUAAAUUGAUCAGUAACGUUCACAAAGACUCAUAAGAAAGGUUUGAACAAGAGGCAGGCAUUAGUUUAUAUUUAAUUUUAACUAUAUGGAACCUUUCCACAUGAAAGAAGCACAUUUAUUCUGGAAAUAUUUGCAAGUACUAUCAAAACUGUAAAAUAACUUAUUUUACUCAUUUUCGUUCCCAAAAUAGUACUACGACAAGCGCAGAGGCCC